AUGAAAUUAGCGUAUUUGAGUCGUGAGAAACUCAAAGAGAAGUCGGUUUCCAUGAUUAGUUAUGUUCGCGAAGAAAAAUACCCCAACGUUGUGGAGUUGCCGUAUCCAAAAACUCACGAAAAGCACUUGCCGACUUACGUCGUUAAUAUCUGGGAUAAGAAAGCUCGACGGUCGAAGCAAAUGGAUGCAUUCCACUAUCUUUACGGCGUGAAGUGGAUCAAGAUGGGAGAUGACGAGUUGUUAGUUGCUACAUGGGCGAAUCGACUUCAAACUCAUAUUUCCAUCACUAUUUGCGACUAUACUUCGGCAAUUUGUAAACUG